GUGAAUCUUGACUAUAAUAUUUAAUUAUAUUAUAUUAUAAUAUUGAAUUAUAAAAUGUCCGAGAGUGAGUUUACUGUGUAUCGUCUACGAUGGUAUAUCUUAGGAAUAUAUUCUCUCUUUGCUAGUUCUCAGGCCUGUAUUUUUAAUACCUGGGGUCCAAUAGCACAGUCUGCAAAGGCAGGGUUCGGUUGGUCUGAAGCAUCAGUUGCUUGGACAAAUAAUAUUCAGAUUAUAGUCAGCAUGCUUAGUGUUCCCGCUAGCUAUGCAGUGUUCCAGAAGCUUGGUUUGCGAAGUACUGUAGUCUGGAGUGGGUCUGGAGCUCUUGCUCUAGGAACUUUAUUAAGAUGUGUCUCAAUGGAUCCACAGAUUCUGAAGAUAACCAGUUUUAUCUGCAGCGGGUUGAACGGUUGGUCCAGUAUUAUGAUUGAGGGAACAUUGACGGUGCUCAGCGCCCGCUGGUUUCCACCAGGAGAGAGAACUACAGCUACUGGUAUAAUUAUUGGAACUCAGAUGGCAGGAUUGAUUCCGCCAUCUUUACUUUUUCCUCGCCUAGUAACAGAUCCAGACUCUGUUGUGGAUUUGAAGAGUAAAACCCUGUCUGAGACAAUACAAGGCGAAGUGUCAACCAUACUGUACUGCGAGGCGGGGUUAGUCUUUCUUCUGUUCCUGAUCAUGGUUCUGUACUUCCCAGAUAGUCCUCCUUCUCCACCCUCAGUUACUGCAACUGUUAAACGACAGAAUUUUAUGAAAGGAAUCCGACAUAUACUCACAAAUCCAAAGAAUGUAAUAGCAGGUCUUGCCUUUGCUUGUGUGACAGUUCCCAUGAUGUGGAUUACCGUGGUCAACCAGAAUCUUCAACCAUUCGGUCUUAGUCAGAUUGAGACUGGAUAUAUUGGAACUUCAAUAAUUGGGAUUUCUUUUAUUCUCAACAUUCUUAACUCCAGGCUCUCUGAUGUUUUCUACGGGAAUCUGAAAACUGUAAUUUCCUGUUUUUUAACAUUAAGCCUCGGUUGUUCAGUAUGGUUGGCGCUUAUCUGCUUAAAGAUAGUUUCUGCUUCCAAACUCGGUAUAUUUGUCUCUUCAAUAUGUUCAAUGGUUGCAUUAAGAUGUAUAAUUGCUCUGUUCUACGAGCUCCUCAUGGAAAUUAACUAUCCGGCACCAGAAUCUCUAGUUACCCUUGUCUGGGGUCAGGUUGGACGAAUUUUUGUCGCUGUUUUCCUCGGUAUGUUUAGUGUAAUAGAUGGAGUGACUUGGAUGAACUAUUUUCUAGUAGGGUUCACGCUACUCCCACUCCUACUUCUACUCUCUGUUAGAAUGGAGUACAAUAGAUCUGAGACGGAUCAGGGAACCAGAAGUAGUACUCCCUCUCUCCUACAGGAUUCAUGAAAACCUACUUCUACUCCUACUCCUUCUCCUACAUUCUAAGUACAUUAUAAUCUGUAUGUACUAUGUACUAUGUAGUCAUGUUGAAUUAUAAUAACUUAAUCACUUA